GCGCCUGCUCCUCAAAGUGAAGCUUGUGAUGCAAUUAGUGGUCGUGCAGCAUUGCUAAUGAAAACCAGCAGUUUUCUUCAGCUCACUCAUCCUUUGGCACGCCCGAUAACCCUAAGUAUUGGCAUUCAAGGUGCAGCACGUACAUGGAAAGUUCAUGUUAGCCGGGGUGGUCUCAUAGGUGAAGGUCGGCAGCUUUAUGCUAAUGACCACUUCAAGUGGAAACAUGAUGCAGUCGAAGACGAACGGAGACGUUUACUUUAUGCUGCGUUUGGUGUUAAAAAAGUUGUGAGCACAGGUGGUAAUGUACUCUGGUAUGGAUGUACACGCACAACUCCUCGUUGUUUUCCUACAGUUGUAGAUGAUACACCAGAUUACCUUUACCUGGGACGCUGGACACCACCAUGUUGUUUAGAAGGCUAGAGGGCUACUGCACGACAUGUUUUCCAGGUGUUAAGGGUGUGCCGAGCACGGUGGUGGCUAGAGGGAGGGUCUUUGCUAGGUGCUGUUCGCAGUGGGGAUAUUAUACCAUGGGAUUAUGAUGUAGAUGUGGGAAUAUAUUCCCAAGAUGUUGAUCGUUGUCCACAGCUUAAGGCAGCACGUUGGCAGACACUUGAAGAUACCGAAGGUUUUGUGUGGCAAAGAGCAUCAGAAGGAGGGUAUUUCAGAGUUCAUUACAGCACAACUAAUCACCUGCAUGUUGAUGUGUUUCCAUUUACUCCACGUGGAGGCACUAUGACUCGAGGUGGUGCUUGGACUACAGGACACCGUCAGGAUGUAGAUUUUCCAGAGCACUUCUUGCGGCCUCUUGCCUCAGUAAAUUUUGCCGGAGUUAUGGCAUCGGCACCCAAUAAUGUUCGAGACUUCUUGGAGCUCAAAUUUGGUGCAGGAGUAAUUGAAACUCCUCAGUACCCAAACCUCGAUGUGCGUCUUCCGCACAAUAUAUCGCUCACUCACAGGAAAUUGUACCUUGUACAAAAUUUAAUUAGUUUUUACUGGACUGAAUGUGCCGUUUGUUUAAACUGGUGCUGUUUUUUUUAUACAUACGAAAAUAGUGCAAUUAAAUUUUAGUAAUAAAUGAUCUGAUGUUGAUGUAUUGAGUAGCACUGUGGUGUUGUGCAGUCUUCCAUUCUUUGCUAGUUGAUAGUAUUGUGAUAUUAGAACAUUUAAUUACUGUAACUAGAACAUUUAAUGAACAUGCUUGCUUCCAUAGAAUCAAAAUAUUUUGAUGUUAGUAUGUUGAUAUGUUAAGCUGUUAAACUUUCUAGUUGCAUUAUUUUUUUUUUUUUUUAUAUAUAAUGGAAGACUGUAUGUUGACUUUAUAUACCAUCUUUACAGGGUAAAUUUACUGUCCUCUGUGUAGGUAUUCCUGGAUGUGCUGUCUAUUGAAAAUAUUUUAAAAAGCUUAUUUUAAUGAAUUUUAUACUUUGUAAUUUUAAACAUCUUGUGUAAUUUAAUUUAAUAAUCUCCACAUCUUUUGUAUAUAAUUGAUUCAUCUCUUGUUAUUGAAUAAAAAUAUUUUAUUUUGCAGAUACUGAAAUACUGAUGUAUGGAACAGGACAUUUUAGAAAGUACCGUAUAUGAGUUAGAUGUUGUGGGGCAUAAUAUGAGUUGUCAUUAAGAUGUGUUCACAUGUAUGUAGUGCAUUUGGCUGGGUUAAACUUAGUUUUUAUUUUAUUAGAACACUAAGUAAGUUGCUGUGUUUUAACCUAGAACAAGUGCAGUGUGCUACAUGAGCGACAGU